AUGCCUCCAAAAGAUAAGCGCAGUAAUGAAGCGAAACUGUGGUACAUUAAAGUGAAUUCGGGAGCCGCGUAUUUAUACAGAGGAGGAAAAAGAGUGGAAAAUUUCUUAAACAUAAUCGGAGCCGAAUCAUACCAAGACUCAUCAGGUUCUGUUGCUGAAGAAUCUGGAGCAUCACCUCCCAAGAAGAAACUCAAGGUGAUUUAAAGUAUACAGUAUACAUUUAUUGCUGACAUUGGACUCUAAAUUCCCAUUCAAUCCAGGUUAUGGCUAAAUUACUGAUGUAUCAAUUCACUGUAAGCCUAAAAUCUAUCAUCAAUUCUUCUUUCAGCUCGAAUUCACUCCAAUAAAUUCACGGGGCGCGUAUCGGUUUGGAUCUGUGAACCCACGGUAUUUUAAUAGGUUUGCAAGUGACGACUCAUUUAAGAAAAUUGUGACCAAAACGGCCGACGAACUCGCUAACGGGAUCAAAAAGAGUUUGGAGGAACUUGAAGUGGAUCAUGACCCUUCCCAUGCAGAACAACGGCCGCAUACAAACGUUGAGCUUUCUCAGUCUUUAACUCCUCUCUUCUGUGACGUUACUUCACAAUCAAGCAAGCGAUCGGGACACAAUAGGGAGGAAGGAAGUUAUAGGAAAAGUAUACAGAAGAGGUGCAACGAAUGUCAACUAGAUAGUGAGUAAGAUUUAAUAAUAACAGGCAUGUUAUCAAAUGUUACCUUCUUUGGAUCGAGAAAGAAUAAUAAGUGAAGCAUUUGUAUCAAGAAUUUCUGGCUACCUGAUAGACUGUAAACCAUGCAAUCCUGAUUUUCAUUGUAAGCUCAAUAGAGUUAACUGAUGAAUGUGGUCAAAAUAGGAUGCAUAUAGCUUUUUUAUGUGAGACUUACAUGCGGUUGAAAAAUCUGCAACCGCUUACCAUUCACAAAAAGGCCUGUAAAAUCAAUAUCAUACCAGAGUAAUACCAUGCACAUCAUCAGAUUAAAAUAGGGUAAAGUCUUAAAUUUUUCGCUCGAAGGUUUACAUAGACAGGUAUUUGUUCUUUGAGUUAUUUUUCCUUUUUUUUUUUUUUUUUUUUUUUAAGUGUUGAUGUUGCCAUUUUUGUUGGAUUAUUGCUAUCAUUAUCUUUAUUAAUAUUAUUAUCAUCAUUAUUUAUUAUUACUCUUAUUAUUGUUAUCUUUGAUACAACCACUAUCAUUAUUAUUAUUAUUAUUAUUAUUAUUAUUAUUAUUAUUAUUAUCAUUAGUGGAAGUGGUAGCAUCGUUGUAACAUAAUGACCAAUAGUAUUCUCAUUGUCGUUCUUUUUUUUAUUUCCAGAUAAGGCACAUUUAAUUUCCAUCGACAAUUUAAUCCUCCCUCCAAAGAAAAGACAGAUAAGAGAAGUAGACACCGCCUUCCUUGAGCAGUUGAUUAAAAACAUGAGUGAGCAACCCUCUGGGAAUUAUGAAGCGCUGUUUGUCUUGGCAAAAGGAAUUACCAAGAAAGACCAGUUUGAGUUGGAAAAGAUAAAUGAAUAUAAAUAUGAAGUUCUCGGUGGAACUCAUGUUGUCUUGGCUACGAAACAUCUUCGUGAGAAAUUUCCUCACGACGCCAACUACAGCGGAAGGGUGGCCAGGAUAUAUGUUGGGCUCAAUGAUGAAGAAGCCUUGUGGUUAGGAGCCAUGCACAAUCAAACUGGGGCAUUUCGUCACGAGCUCACGUACAGGAAUGAGGUAAGGUCAAAAUUUGUCUAUUGUGAAAUGUGCCAAAUGUUGAAAACAAUUCUUAGUUUGUUUUUUGAAUUUUUAGAUUUUUUUUUUCAAAUUACUAUAAUUAUUAUCAAUCAUUAUAAAUAUAUAAUUUGAAUUUCUCGCUCUGACGAAGGGCUAACGCUUGAUACAUCAGCUUGGAACUCUUUACGCUGACCAAUUUACGUUAUCAACUCAGUUGAUAAUACCAAUAGCCUUGUCAUACUCUCCUUUCGACGCAUCACCGUAGUUUCUUAAGAAAUUAACCCCUUUAAUUAUAAGUUUAGUCUGUUCUGUUUAUAUCUUUGCUUUCAAAAUUUUGUAUGUGAAUUCAUGAGUACAUUUAAAAAAUCAUUCCAGUUUCUUUGCCAGCUGUUUGGCAAUCAGAUGCUGCUUUUUUCCAUGUUAAUUUUCAGUUGAAUUGAGAACUUUAUGUAGUUUGGAUUAUUAACAAAUGUGUCACUAAAAAUGUUUUCCAUUCCAAUAUUCAAGGUUGAGAUUUGUCGCACCCAAUUAUUCCUGCCAGCGGAAGACUAUUCAGGUGAUCCACCAACCCCUCCUGAAGCGUGGAGAGAGAAGUGUUCGAGUCUCCUUAAAAAAUCGGUAAGAUUGUGAAAAUGUAUACUUGUUACUUUCACAAGUAAUCCACCGACUUGCAGGUGUUAUUACUUGACACUUAAAUUUCCUCUCAGUGAAUGCACAGCAGGCAGCAAACUCUUAAUAAAAGCAUACGAGCGUGUUUCCUUGUAUAUGAUCAGUAGCACAGUUCUGAUGUACAAAAGCGUAACAUUGGGUAAAAUUGAAAAAUUUAUUUAAGAACCAAUUCUUAUUAGAAUUAAGUCAGAAAGUGAAGGAAAUUGGUUCCUAUCUUGAAAUUAUGUCAUUUCGGUCGAUUCGGACGCAUUUCAAGCAAAUUUUCUAUUACCCAUGAUGCAAUGCGGCCACGCCCUUUUUUUUUUUUUUUUAAUUUAAUUUUUUUUUAAUGCAUAAAUACCGUGUUUCAAGGAAAAUGUUUUUUUUCUCGCCACAUCUUAAUCCUAGAAACUCUAGAAUCCUUAAUCUUUGCAUUUAAUUUCACGGCCUUGUGCUUGCGAACAAAAACAGCACUUGACUGCAUGCUUGAAACAUGCGGUAUGUACUUAGGAAGUUUCCCGCUCAUUUCCUCACCUGAUGUAAUAUUUUACUUCUUAGUAAGGAAAUAUAAAACAGUCCUUAUUGAUUAAGUAGACUUUGGGAUGAUUUGGAAGUAAAGAAAGCCGUCAAAAUGACAAGAGCGUCACGCUUGUUUUUGCUAUAAAUUCGAUCGCGUAUCUUCGUGAGGAUCAAAAUUGUAGACCUAAUGUUUCGGAUGAACUUAAAUGCUAAUAUUUUCGUCGGCUUUUAACGGAUUCGAUCGAGUAUGGUACCAAAAUUUAGCUUGUCAUUUGAGCAUUUUGUUUAUGCUCCAGUGCACUUGUCGCAAACAAUACGAUUAGGAAAUUCAUUGACUGGUACUAUCGCGCGGCAGAUCACAGCGCUUGCCAACUGUUUCGGACGCAGAAAAAAAUUCAUAUCUCGACAACGUUUCAACAAAAACACAAAAAAACGAAAAGAAAUUGAAAAUAAACUUAUGAGCAUUGCAUUUUGAGGUUAAAUUGUUCUGUAACUCAGGAAUUAUGACUCGCAAAAUGAAUUUAAAAUUAUCUGUCUCUCCUAAGCUUUAAAGCGUGACGCAUCAAGUGGUGAACACUUUCGUUGAUUUUAAGAAAUAUUUAGCUCAAAUUUUCAGGAUUUUGGUUGCCACUUUGCUUAAAAAGGAACUAUUUUCAUUAUAUGUUAAGUCUUACGGUUAUAUACGAGGCUUCAGUGUGUAAAAACAGGAAAACAGUGAAUAGUGAAGCCGACGCAUGUUACGCGUGACGCCAUGUUUUUGUCGCUAACUUUAUAAUUCGGCUCCAAUUCAAUAUUUUCAGAGAUCCUUUAUUCUGUUUAGUCCGAAACCAUUUUUAACACAUGUGUAACAAUUGUGGGAAGUCUCAAGCAGAUCUGAUCAUUGUGCGCCGAGAAAUUCUUAAAAGAUUCAAGCAAAUCCGUGAUUUUUCAAUUUGUACGUGACAAGCGUGCUACUGAUCAUAUACAACUCAAACCCAUCAAGCUAGUUCACCAUGAGGGAAAUCUACAUGUACUUUUGAGAUGCAUCAAAGAAUGUUGAGCGUGAUGGUUAAGGAAAAGUGUUGUGUUAAGUCGCCAAGACAAUUUCUCUAAUGAUUGUAGAUAUAUGAAAAUCAUAUACGUGCACUGCGGUGAAGAAACGAAUAUAACAGAUCCUCGCAGCUAUGAACACUGCUGAACUAGUAGUUGAAAUAAGGCUUGCCCGUACGGGAUUUGAACCCAUGACCUCUGCGAGAUAUUGCUAUGACUGUUGAUGCAAACUAAUCUGACAUUAAUGUGUGUUGCCUUGUAGAAAAGAAAUCUAAGUGAGAUCUUUACCAUGGCACAGCUGUCAGGAGAGGGCUGGACUCACUUUAGGAAUUUAAACGAUUUGCAUGAAAAUGCCCAAUUAAAAGGACAGAAAGCUAAAGCCUCGGACAUAGUUAAGAAGGGGAAACCUGUGCUCAGGCAGUGGCAGUUAAAACCCCUCUGCAAGUUGUCCGUAAAAGACCAAACGUUUCUUCUAAAAAAGGUGAGAUAUGUGCGACAUUGUCCUUUAAAUCAUUGUCAAGUGUAUCCUGUCUUCAAAUUUGUAUGAGAUGAUUUAUUAAUUCAAUUGUUCAAUUUUCUUAUCGUCAUGAUCAUCACGAUCAUCAUCAGGACUGUAUCUGCCUGGAUUUUUCUUUUCUCUUUUGAGCCCUGUGGUUGAGGAGAGGUUUCAUACUUUCAGAAAAAUAGUGAACAUUUGAAAGCUGAUUAUCUCCGCUUGUUUUUAUUCAUCGUUUUUAGGUGGCAACUUGCGAGUUAAGCUUGGAAGAAAUGAAAUUUGCUGCCUCCGAAGUAAAAUCUCUAAGACCUGUCCAGGAGGCCAUUGUUAAAUUCUUCAAGGUCAGCACGUGGGAAGAGGCUAUUGAAGAAUUUAAAAGCGCCGUAUCAUCUGAAAAGUUGUUGCAGUUUGCUGUAAGUUGACAUGUAAUAGUACGUACCUCAGUGACUCAGUGACUUAUUUGACUGACAAUUUUUCUGUUUGCUCUGUAAUUAAAUUAUGUCAUAUUGCCCUUCUGUGGCAAUUUCUCUUUUGAAGUUAAAUAUUUCAACUUCCCCAUAAAAUUUCCUUCAUUUCUAGAUGUUAUGAAUUCCAUCGCCUGAGGAAAAAAACCUUCGUUUCGAUAAUUCAGUUUUAGAAUCCAUGCAUGGAGCAAAUCCUGGUUGAUAUACUGAGUUAUUCGUUCACUAUCUGUAGGGAAAAGACUUUGAACAGACUCACGAAUUCCAAAAAUACUUGCAACGUUUAAAAAGAAUACGAACAGGAGAGGUCAUUGAGACGGCCGACCUCAUAGAGGGAAAAAUGGGAGCAUUUGGGCUCGUAGUAUUUAGCAACAGCCUGUUAGACGUACAACAAAGCGAUCUGGCAAAGUUGCCACAUUACGAGGGAGCAUUUUUAACCAUAGGUGAAGCAGGGGAGCAGUGCGAGGUAAGAUAAAAAUCUAGGUGAGACUCUCCCGCUACCGUUUUUUUUUUCGCCUUUAACGAAUACAUGCAGGAUUUUACUACAAUCCUAAUCAAUACCUGUUUUUUGUGGAUAACUUUUAGUUGUUUGCAUUUACUUAUUACGACUCAUAUUUUUCUCUUCACAGAAUGCUGAUGAUGUAAUUAGUACUGUUUCCCGCAUUAAUUUCUGUAAGCUCACAUCCUUUAACAUUGUUUUAUUUACAAUGGUUGAAGGUGUAAAAAUCUAAAAAAAAAAAAAAUGCUAAAAGAGGGUGCUACUCUGGCACAGCAUGGCUACUUUUACGUCCAAAAUAAACCUCCAACUACAGCACAAGGUAAGAUACUUCUAGAAUUAAACAACUGUCCUCAGAAGAAAGUUUUAAAAACCUCAUAGUCAACAGAAUUGAAUUAUUUGAUGUACUUGUAGAGUUAACAAAAAUAUAUAUCAUGAUUCUAUAAUCUGAACUUGUUUUAAACUUUCUCCUUGAGAGCGUAUUACAUGCACAAUUUAUACUAAGGUUUGGUGAAUUAAAACGUUCCAGCAGUGUCGAAAGAAAUUAGUAAGUGUAUAAUACGCAUAUAUCAUAUUGUUGAUACUCAUUUUAAUUUUUUUAGGUCCGUAUUUACAGGAAGCCUUGGAAACCUUUGUAGUUGGACACUGGUCUGUCUCAAGGCAAAUAACCUCGAGACAUUUGUCCGCCAGUAAAGAAAAUUUGAUUUUCCUGAAUUCAUUCCCAGCACAAGGCUACACAUGGCUUGUAGAAAACCUCUCCAGAGAAGGGGACGUGGUUAUUGAUGCUGGAACCCCCAAUGGCUAUGCAAUGGUGGCUGCGUUGAGGAAAGGGCGAAGCGCAGUUAGGAUAGACAGUACCGCUUUGCCUUCCGAACAGGCAGCGAUAGAGACUAAAAUUUGUAGUCUUGUAUCUUCCUAG